AUGGCGACUGAGAAUGGGCUGGGUCGGCAGCUGUCGUGUUGGAUUGCUGCUGUGCGGACACACUACCUGGUUCUGCUGUUCUUUACCCUGGUGGUGUACUUUCCGCGCCUGUGCUUGAGCUAUGCGGUCUUCUUCUUGGCCCAGCUGCUUCGACUCAUUGCGCGUCUCACCGGAGUGGCAACAGGCCGUCCGGUCGCCAAUCGUCGAAUCCUGGUGGUCACCGACUACCUUCCACCCCAGACGCAUGGCAUUGCCAUCCGAUGCCACGCCUACAUCAAAGAGAUGCGGGCCAAGGGCCACGAGGUGAUCGUGUUCAGUACGGCCUAUGAGGCCAACAAGGAAACGUCGUUUGACCAUCCCAACAUCCCGGCGGUCGUCAAUCCCUUCAACCUCAAGAACAGAAUAGGCUACACUCCAGGAGUCAAGCUCGCCUGGUUUCUGGGCGCCCACACGUGGGAUGUAGUUCACCUGGUCUACCCGUCCCUGAUUGGCACCUUUGUCUUGUCCACCUGUGCCUGGCGGCGCAUCCCUGUGUACUGCUCGCACCAUGUGGAGAUGAACAUGUUUGCCUACAAGCUGGUGCCCAUCAAGUUCGUGGCUGAGUUUGGCUUGAGGAUGUAUGACAUGCUUGGGCUUUGGCCUGCCAUCAAAUGGGGCACGCUGAACUCGGCCCCCACUCUCUGCUUCGCCCGGGACCACCUUGGCAAGGAGCACGAGGCCAAACUGCGGCGAGUGCCCUCGGGAACGCACAACACCUUCACGCCAACUCCUGCCUCGAGCACGGAGCGAAGGGAUGUCCGGUUAGCCAAGUUUGGCGUCGACAGUGAAGACGAAAAGGUCCUCCUAAUGGUGCAGCGACUCUCUGCCGAAAAGGGCACCGAGCGUGUCUUCCAGGCCCUGCUGCCCAAGGAGGAGGGCGGCCAAGGCGUCAAGGGCGUCCUAGCAGUUGCAGGUGAUGGGCCGUCCAAGGACUUCCUGGUGCAAGAGGCCACAAGGCUCCGCUUGCGGGUUGUCUUUCUGGGAAACGUGCCGCACCAGGAGCUUCCGCAGCUUUACAGAUCGGCGGACUGCUUCGUCACCAUGAGCCUCUCAGAGACCUUCGGCCUCACCUGCCUCGAGGCGAUGAUGUGCGGAUGCCCUGCAGUGAUGCCAUUCUGCUCGGUCUUCGAUGAGAUCUGGCUAGACAAAGACAAACCACUGACACCCAAGGAGUGGCAUUACAACAUCGAAUCAACUGAAGAGUUUGCAGCAGCCAUGGCAACUGCUCAGAGCAGUGGUCGACUCUUGGCCUCAAGCCCUGCACAGCGGUGA